AUGCGAAGCAACGGAAUACUUUCGUCGGUUGGAGUUUUGGCGGCGUGUGUCGCUUCCACCAAUGCAUUGGUCCCAUUGUGGUCUCGCUGCGGUGGAGAAGGAUGGACGGGCGAGACGGAGUGUGUCGAGGGAGCUUAUUGCAAAGUAUUGAACCAAUGGUGGUCUUCCUGUGAGCGAGUACCAGUCACCGAAUGUACAACAUUCGGACCUUAUGUUGAUCCAAACUCUCAAACCGAUGGAUUGAACUCCUUUGCCGUUCGAAGAGGUAAGUACUUCGGUACUGCCGGUGACUGGAUCUACGACGAUGUCAUGAAUUGCACCUGGGCGAGGAUUGCCUCGGACCCCUCAGAGUUUGGAUCCAUUACACCAGGAAACAGCCAAAAGUGGGACACCACCGAAUCAUCUCAGGGAUCGUUCAACUAUGCGGAUUCUGAUCAGAUCGUCGCAUGGGCCCUUAAGUACGGCAAGAAGAUUCGCGGACACGCUCUAGUGUGGCACUCGCAAUUACCCAGCUGGGUUUCUACCGGAAGCUGGAAUGCCACAACCUUGAAGGCCGUCGUAGAAAACCACGUCACACAGGUGGCCACCCACUUCAAGGGCAAAAUGUUCCACUGGGAUGUUGUUAACGAAGCCUUCAAUGAGGAUGGUACUUUCCGUGACUCCAUUUUCUAUCAAAUUCUCGGCGAAUCUUAUAUCGAAAUUGCACUCCGCGCCGCCGCCGCCGCUGAUCCAGCCGCCAAAUUGUAUAUCAAUGACUAUAAUGUUGAAGGUGUCAAUGCCAAGUCUACUGCCUUGCUUAACCUUUUCAAGAGACUCAAGGCAGCCGGUGUUCCAGUACACGGACUUGGUCUCCAAGGUCAUUUGAUCAGUGGCCAGGUUCCAACAGACAUUGAAGCCAAUCUCAACCGGAUGGCUGCUGCAGGUGCUGAGAUCGCCAUCACCGAGCUCGACAUUCGUAUGAAUGUCCCGCCAGCAAAUCAAACUGCGGCCGAUGCGCAAUUGGCUAAGGACUAUGAGACCGUAACUAAGGCCUGCAAGGUCACUGGCCGAUGUGUCGGUAUUACCGUUUGGAACUUCACAGACAAAAACUCAUGGGUCCCAUCAGUCUUUGCCGGUCAAGGAGAUGCUCUUCCGUGGGACAAGAAUUUCCAGAAAAAGCCAGCGUACUAUGCGAUUGCUCGUACUCUUAAGCCGUAG